AUGGAAUCCUAUUAUAGUUACCAAUAUGUUAAUGUCACUCUUCCAGACGUCACUGAAACUACUGUUAUAACCACCGUCAUUUCUGAUGUAAUUCAAUCAGUCGAAUCUUCCGUCCAAUCUACAGUUUCUUCUGAAGAAGAAUACUUUUCUGGAACUGAAAUCGAAAUCGAGCAAAACACAACCAUAGAUAACCAAGAAAUUGACAUCUCAGAAAUAAACACUAUUGCUGAAUCAGAAGAACAAACAUUAUCAAAUAUCAUCUCAUCAACCACGGAUGAAAUUAUUUCCUCUACAUCUUUAUAUGACACAAACGCAUCUACCUUCUCUGAAUCUGAUUUAUACAUCACUCUAGAAUCACAAUCUAGUGAAGAAUCACAAUUAGAAUUAGAAACUUCUACUGAAACUUCUACUGAAACCUCCUCAACUUUAUCUUCUUCUAUUGUUGCUGCUUCAUCUUCUGCCACCAUUGAAACUUCUUCCAGCUUAGUUGCGGAAGUUACCGAAACUACCUCCUCCACUAAAAUUACUUCCGCUAUCGAAACUUCUUCUUCCAGUGAAAUUAUUUCCGCUAUUGAAACUCCAGUCUUUACUACCUCAGUCCCAACUAACUCAAACACUAACGACGUUGAAAGUGUCACAACAACUUCUUAUGAAACUGUCCCAACUCUUUCCUUCAAUACUGAAACCAUGACCUACAGUGUUGAAACUUUAACUAUUAGCGGCCAAGUUACUGAAUACACUAUCUGGUGUCCAAUUAGCACUUUAGCCUCUGUUACUCCAUUACAAAGUGUCACCAGUGUCCCAGUCCAAGCUUCUGCUAUUGAUGCUAAGGUUACCAGCAGCGUCAAUGAAAAUUUAACUUACAGUGUUGUUACCGCUACUAUCGAUGGUCAAGUCACAGAAUACACUACCUGGUGUCCGAUUAGCACUUCCACCUCAGUUACUCCAUUACAAAGUGUUACUAGUGUCGCUGUCAGUUCUUCUUCUGAAGAUGUUGCCACUACCACUACCGUUACUUCAACUUCUUCCACUGUCAGAACCGCUACUAUUAAUGGUGAGUUCACUGAAAUUACUUCUUUCUACCCAGUCAACACCUCCUCUUCUGAAGAUAGCACCACUACUAUUAGAUUAACUUCAUACACUGUUAGAACUGCCACUAUCAACGACGAAGUCACUGAAAUUACCUCUUACUACCCAGUCAGCACCAUGUCCAGUUCUAGAGCUUUUGAAUAUGUUACUGCCUCUGCUAACUCCACUGUUAACUCCACUACUCAUGCUUUCUCUGAAUACGAAGGUGCAGCCAACAUGAUUACAAUUAAGAGCACAAGUUUACUUUCAGUUAUUGUUUCUUUAUUCAUUGCACUAUUUUAA